UCAUUUUUUAACCCAUCUACCAUCUACGUCAUUUAUGGCAUAUAUUUGGAAAAAGUAAAUAUUGAUGAAUCCCAUUCGUUUAGUUCUUCCCCUUCACACCUCUAUCGCAUUCUGAUCGCGUGUUCCGGUCCGUGGUCUCAGGACGGGACCUCUUGUUUGCAGCCUUCCGACUUAAUGGUUCUUUCGUUUAUUUUCCCACAUGUCGACGGUGACAUCAACUGUUUAGCGAAAGAGGAUCUACUUUUGGAAUACACUGCUCGUCUUCUUGAUGUUGAGCUGAUAUCCGGACUUCAUCUCACUUUCCCAAAUGUGCCACGUGAGCAGACGUUGCGAUUGAAAACUCAUAUCAACACAAAACUAUGGUAG